AUAUACUCCACCUUCACUUUGAAAACAAUUGACAUUGUGCAGUUUUAAGGAAGGAGUAACAUGGUGUAGUGUAGCGUAGCUAUGUGAGAGUGUGCUCGGAAUUGGUACGAUAACUGUGAUGUAAUUAAUCGCGUCGUUAGGGAUUCGUGGGUAGUACAAUUGUCGAGCGCCUGCCUGCAGAAUCAAUUCCUACAUUUCUCUCCACCCUUCCUUCUAAUUAUGUUGCUCGAUUGCUGCUGCUGCUGCUCCGGCGACGGCGCCGGCAGCACUAGCGAAGCCGUCGCCUGUAGAGAUCCGGUGCUGCUGGUGUCGGGGGUGGGGGGGUCGAUUCUCAACUCGAGGACUAAGAAAUCCGGAUCGGAGAUGCGGGUCUGGGUCCGGAUCCUGUUGGCUGAUUUUGAGUUCAAGAAGAAAGUCUGGUCCAUCUACAAUCCUGAAACUGGGUAUACAGAGCCGCUGGAUGAUAGCACUGAGAUAGUAGUGCCUCAGGACGACCAUGGCCUUUACGCCAUUGAUAUUCUGGACCCUUCCUUGCUUGUGAAGCUUCUGCACGUGACUGAUCUAUAUCAUUUUCAUGAUAUGAUUGACAUGCUCGUUAAAUGUGGGUACAAAAAAGGAACAACACUAUUUGGAUACGGCUAUGAUUUUCGACAAAGCAAUAGAAUCGGUCAGUUAAUGGAUGGAUUAAAAGAGAAGUUGGAGACUGCAUAUAAAGCUUCAGGAGGAAGGAGAGUCAACAUAAUUUCUCAUUCGAUGGGGGGAUUGCUCGUCUCUUGUUUUAUCUCCCUUCACAGUGAAAUUUUCUCCAAAUAUGUGAGUAAGUGGAUAACGAUCGCCACUCCAUUCCAAGGUGCGCCAGGAUGUAUCAACGACGCUAUGCUCACUGGACUGCAGUUUGUCGAAGGCUUUGAAAGUUUCCUUUUCGUAUCGAGGUGGUCAAUGCAUCAACUGCUUGUAGAGUGCCCGUCGAUUUAUGAAAUGCUGUCAAAUCCUGAUUUCAAAUGGAAGAAAGAACCCGAGAUUAAAGUGUGGCGAAAGCAUUCAAACGACAGGGAAACUUCAGUUCAACUAGAAACUUACGGCUGUAUCGAAUGCAUUACGCUGUUUGAAGAAGCAUUAGAAAACAAUGAGCUAAAUUAUAAUGAUAAAACGGUGGCUCUUCCGUUCAACCGUGCUAUACUUAAAUGGGCUGCUGGCACGCGCAAAUUGCUCAAUAAAACUCGACUUCCGGAGGGCAUUUCCUUCUACAACAUAUAUGGAACUUGUGUCGAUACACCUUUUGAUGUUUGCUAUGGCUCAGAAUCUUCUCCCAUCGACAACGCAUCUCAAAUAUGCCACACAUUGCCGGAAUACACCUAUGUCGAUGGAGAUGGAACCGUUCCUGCCGAAUCAGCUAUUGCAGAUAAUUUCGAUGCAGUCGAAAGAGUCGGAGUUUCCGGGAGCCACCGGAGAUUGCUGGCUAACAAAACAGUGUUUGAGCUUAUACAAAAGUGGUUAGGGGUUUCUCCGAGGGACAAGGGCAAGUGCAAGAAGACAUCCAAGGUGAUGAUGGAUGAAUGGUGAGAGAUUUUUUAUAUGUAAGAAUGCUUUAUUUAUUAUUAUUAUUAUUUGAUGAAUAUGGAAACCUCUUUGGAUAAACUCUUGAUAAGGCAAGUAGCUUCAACUCUCAAAGUUAUGAGUUUAUUUAAUAAUA